AUGCCGCCAGAACAAAUAGAGAGCAUAAACUCUGAAAACUUCACUGCACAAGAAUUGUUCUCAAAAGAGCAUGAAAAACUAAGGGAAAAGGGAGAGGAGUGGAUGAAAAAAACGGCUGAGUCUUGCAUGCUAAUUUCAACUGUUAUUGCUACUGGAGUUUUCACUGCUGCAACGAGUUUACCAGGAGGAACAAACGAUGACACCGGAAAACCAAAUUAUUUAUCUAAAACAUCUUUUUUGGUGUUUGCAAUAUCAGAUGCAUUGGCACUUGUCUCAUCUUCGACAGCAAUAUUGAUCUUCUUGUCUAUUCUUGUCUCACGUUAUAGAGAGUAUGAUUUUUAUAAAUCAUUGCCUCUAAAGCUAGUAUUUGGAUUGAUCACAUUGUUCAUCUCCAUUGCAAGCAUGAUGAUAUUAUACAUUCAAGCCUCUAUUGGAGGAAGCUAUCAACGGCCGGUAAAAACAUGA